CAACUUUCUCACCAUUGUCUCUGGUUCUGAACAAGUGAGCUAACGGUUCUGAAAUUGCAAAUAUCAUCAUAACCGUCCUAAUUUACACUGGAUUGUUUUUCAACUCUGGUUGGCCACUCUUGCUUUCGGAUGUCAGUAAGAAAGAAACAAUUUUGGGGAAAGAUUUUCAUCUGUUAGUACUAAUAAGGUGGAGAAGACUUAGAAUCAGAGGGGGCUGGUGGCUGCGCCAGGAUGAAAAUGGUCAUAUUUUAAGUGUGAUGCCUUCUCGGAGGAAAAGGCAAUGAGCCAGAAGACAGAUGAGAAUGUGGAAAGGUGCGCCUCAUUCAUUUUAAAGCCCCAGAAACCCAUUCAGCCUUACAUCUGUUCCACUCUGGAUGAUUUUCAAGAAGAGAGAGACUUUUUGGCAAACACCGUCUUCCCUCACCUUAAUGAACUCUGCAACUCACGGGGCUCGUAUUUCAAAGCUGUGGAUCUGAGUUGGUCAGCAGUGAAGGUCCAGAAAUCCUUACCUGCCAACCUGCUUAGACAGUAUUCUUGUCUCUACUCCCAACACCUGAAGCUCUGUCUCGACUAUGUGAACAAGUGCUUCCCGUUUUUCAUCUGCAUGCUGGGUCAGACUUACGGAGACUUCCUCCCUGCUUACUCACCUGCCAUGUUCUUCAGAACAAAUGACCUGUCGAGUUUAUCCAACGUCGAACAGAAUCUCUAUGUUGCUGCAAAAAAUGGUUAUCCUUGGGUCCUAGAGAACCCCAACUGCAGUCUGACAGAGUUUGAGAUCAUGCAAGCAGCCUUUCUGAAGGAGUCUGCAUUUCAGUAUUUUUACUUCAGGAUUGCAAACACCCGGCUGAAGACUUCAGAUGAGGAGAAGAAGAAGCUGUCCUUAGGUUCUGUGAUGGACGAUGAGGGAAAAUGGAGGAUCGGAAAGCUUAAGGCCAAGAUUAUUAGUAAAGGGCUCCCCGUUCGAUUUUACAACGAUCUCAAUGAGCUGGGUGAGCUGGUUUUCAAAGACUGGUCAGUCGUGAUAGAAAAACUUUACCCAGCCACGUUAAUGAUUGAAAAUUUAGACUACAAGCACAGCUUUGAACGUUUCUAUCAUGAAGAGUUUACUGAGAAGUGCAAGCAAGCUUUUAUUAUUUCCAAGGAGUCAAAUAAGACCUUUGAAAUCUUGGAAAAAUUUGCCUUAAAGGAUGUGCAACUUGAGUUUAACAACGCAGCAGUGGAUUCUACUUUAGACUCCCUUCUCAGAAUACAUCCUCUGCCCGUUUACAAGUCUAUCUUGCUCUUGACUGGAGAACGUGGCUGUGGGAAGUCCACUCUGAUUGCCAGCUGGGUGAAUUAUUUCAAAAAGAAGUAUCCGAGUGUGUUGAUGAUCCCACACUUUGUGGGAAGCACCUGUGAGAGCAGUGACAUCAUGUCGGUGAUCCGUUACUUCAUCACAGAAUUGCAGCACACCAACCAUGGUACUCAGCUUGAAACUGACUUUCUUGAUGAGGACUCAAAUGUCUUGAUCUUUUCACUUCUCGUAGAAGCAUUCAUAGCUUCCAUCAAUUUAAAGCCAUGUAUACUUGUACUAGAUGGAAUUGAAGAAUUGAUUGGCAUUUAUGGGAUUUCAGGUCAAAAGGCAAAAGAUUUUUCCUGGCUGCCAUGUUCGCUCGCUCCUCAUUGCAAAUUUAUCAUGAGCACCGUCUCCUCCAGCCUGUCCUACAAGUCGCUGUGCACCCGCCCAGAUGUGAGGACAGUGGAACUCAGCACAGGAGAUGAAGAAACAAAACUAAACAUCUUUAGACAGCAUUUCUCCAUUCCCAACAGCGAUCCCUUCCGACAGAGUAGACAAGCUUUGAGAAAGAAACCAAACCUGAGUCCUUUAAAACUCACAAUCUUAGCCAAUGAAUUGAAAGAAUGUAGAAUCUACCGAAAUGAGUUGCAGUGUAUGAGGGAGUAUUUGGAUGUGGUGUCCAUUCAGGAACUCUGGGAGUUGAUUCUGAAACGCUGGAUUGAAGACUACAGUUGGACUUUGAAGCAAAAAAGGGAAAAUGCAGAUUCUGUGGCUUCAAGAGAAGGGCUGGAUGGCUGGGUGGCCGACGCUCUGUGCUUGCUGUGUAUCUCGCACUGUGGGCUGGCCGAGGAUGAGCUGCUGCAGCUGUUGGAGAUGCUGGGCUACAGGAACCAUCACAAAGUAACCCCGGUGCACUGGGCCGCCUUCCGCAACGCCAGCCAGCAGUGGGUCCAAGAGAAGCCGAAUGGCCUCCUGUACUUCAGGCACCAGUCCCAGGAAUACAAGCUUCUCGGUGUAAUCUCUCCUGUCAGAGAAAGCAGUCCAUAUUCAUUUCAGAACCCAACAAGUCACAAGAAAAUCCAUUUUCACCAAGUCUUGAUCAGAUACUUCCAGCGGCAAACCACCUUCUGGAGAGUGUAUCAGGAGCUGCCAUGGCAUAUGAAAAUGAGCGGCUGCUGGGGGAGCUUGUGCAGCUUCCUCUCAAGCCCAAGCAUCAUAGACUCUAUAUCAAAAAUCCGAAGCCCGAGCUUCUGGACAAGGCUGCACCUCAUUCACUACUGGAAUGCAUUAUCGGAAGCCGGAUAUGAUAUUCUGGGGGCCUAUUUGCUGUCAGUGGCCAAGAUUAAAGCAGAUCAGUGCCAUAAAAUGAAGAAGAGAUCCAUGCUCUCAGUGCUGGAAUGCAGACUUUCUGAAUUGACUGCCAAUGACAAAUACCGAUUAAUGAUCUUUAUUGGGAGUUUUUUAAAGCUUAUGGGGAAGACCAAUGAAGCACGAGAGUUGCUCUUGAAUGUUGAGGACAUGCUAAUACAGAGCCAGUCCCACAUGGUGGAAAUGCUUCCCAAAGUACAGAAUGCCAUUGGGGAACUCCAUCUUGAAAUUGGAAUGACAAAGGACGGGUGCCAAUACUUCCAGAAAGCCUGGUCAAACCUGCUGUAUUUUUCACUCAGUGACCUAAAGGACAACCAGGACCUGCUGAGGCAGAAAGUCAAAGCGCUGAGUAACCUGGCAAAGUCAGCAUCAGAGGAGUACUUAAAAGAAAACCACAUUUUGGACCAUGCUACCGAAAUUUCCAAGUUAAUGGACAAUCUUCGUGAUCAAGCUACCAUGAAAUUCACCGAAGGUGUUCUGAUAUUCGUUGCUGGGAACAUUUCUCUUGCAAAAAUGAAAUUGCAAGAGUGUUUAAAUAUCAGGAGGAGUUUGUUUGGUGAGAAAAACAUGCUAGUUGGAGAAAUUAUGGAAUUUUUAGCAGAUGUACUAUUUUUUACAGUAAGAGAUAAUGAGAAAUUCCAAAGGAAGAAAGUAGUUGAAUUUUAUAAACAAGUGAUAAAAAUAAAGGAAAAUGCAGCCACUCUGGCCAACUCCUUGCUCAUCAGGAGGCAGCUGAGCAUCAGCCUCAGCGAUACCUUGUGUAAACUAGCAGGUCAGUUAUUAAUAUGUGAUUCUUGCCAUCCUGGCAUGAUUGAGGCAACAGGCUAUUUGUACAGAUCCCUUGAUGUAAGAGCAACCUACCUGGGAUCGUCUCACUCGUCAGUCCACGGAAUCCUGCUUCUUCUAAGAGAAAUUGAGCUGAUCCGAGGCAGGAGAUGUUGGCCUCAAGGCAUGAGCCAGCAAAGUUCAGAGGAUUCCAGAAACAGCUCCUUCCUGUGGGAGCACUUGAUUAAGCUAGACUAUCAUGCUGCUCAGGGUUCUAAUACCGUGACCUCUGCAAUGUGCCUGGAUGCAGAUAAGCUGCAGAGAGCUAAAAGCAUGGACUUGGCACCUCACACAAGUUCACAUAAAUCAAAAUGUGCUUCUGGAAAAGGGAAAAAGACUUUGAGACCCAAUCUGUGCAAUCCCGCGGAGGAAAAGACCCAACAGAAGACACACAGUAAUGUUGAAAGAGGGAAUGGCCCAGGAAAGGAAAUGCCAAAGAAAAAGAAAGACGCUUCUUUCAAAAUUUUAUCUUUAGGUAAUAAGAAUGGUUCAGUGAACCUUUCAAGGCAGAAGAUUUUGUCUGCUCAGAGUGAGAGUGGAGAAGACCAGAUCACAAUUUACCACUAUCCCCUCGUAGGGCCACCCAGCACAGAUGAUUCCUGGGACUCCCUCUCUGAGCUUAUAUCAGAAAAGUGGCUUUUUCAUAGCCCAGUUUAUAGGUCAAUUCCUCAGAGGUGUGUUUUGCAGAGACGAUCCCUAAUUGAAGCGAAAUUACUGAGGACCUCAAAUGUUACUAAUAAAGAAUGAAAAUGA